CCGCGGCCGCGCCGACGCGCCACGACAUGCCCGUCCCCGUCUGCCUCAGCGCGCUGUACUUCAUGAACCUCCGCGGGGAGAUCAUCAUGGAGCGACAGUACCGCGACGACGUGACGCGCACCAUGGCGAAGGCGUUCCAGACGGAGAUAAUCAACGGCAAGGAUCGCGGCAACGUCCCCGUCGUGAACCUCGGCGCGUGCUCGUUCUUGUACCGCAGGGAGAACAACGUGUACCUCGUCGCGGUGACGCGCCAGAACGUCAACGCGAUGCUGUGCUUCACGUUCCUGAACGAGGUCGUCGCGCUGUUCAAGAGCUACUUCAACAAGGUAUCCGAAAAGUCUCUGAAGAACAACUUCGUCGUCAUCUACGAGCUCCUGGACGAGAUCUGCGACCACGGGUACCCGCAGAUCACGAGCGCGGAGGUGCUGAAGAGUUACAUCACGCAGAAGAGCGUGAGGAGUAAGGAGAAGGACGGCGACGCGUCGUACGCGGCGAUGGAGAAGGCGAAGGCGGUGUCGAUGCAAGUCACGGGCGCGGUGCAGUGGCGAGCGGAGGGUCUCAAGUACAAGAAGAACGAGGUCUACCUGGACGUGGUCGAGAACGUGUCGAUGACGAUGUCGCACACCGGGACGGUGCUGCGCGCGUCCGCGACCGGGGUGAUACAGAUGAAGUGUUUUUUGACCGGCAUGCCGGAGCUGAAGAUUGGGUUGAACGAUAAACUGGAAGACGUCGGCGGAGGGCAGGAACGCACAGCUGGCGGCGGUCACGGCCGCGCGCGCUCGAAAAAAGACAUCGAGCUCGCGGAUCUGCAGUUCCACCAGUGCGUGAACUUGUCCAAGUUCACGUCCGAGAAGACGAUAUCGUUCACGCCCCCGGACGGCGAGUUCGAGCUCAUGAAGUACCGCGUCACCGAGGGCGUGUCGUUGCCGUUCAAGGUGAUGCCGGCGGUGAAAGAACUCGGUCGCACCCGCGUGGAGUACGACGUGAAAAUUCGGAGCUGCUUCGCGGAGUCGCAGCAGGCCACGGUGCUUCGGAUGCGAAUACCGACCCCGAAGCACACGGCGAAGGCGACGUUCAAGCUCAGCGGCGGGAAGGCGAAGUACGUCGCGAAAAAUAACGAGCUCGUGUGGAAGCUGAAGAAGUUUCAAGGCCGGAGCGAGUACACGUUACACGCGGAGGUUGAGCUCGUGAGCACGUUGAACGAGAAGAAGGCGUGGGUGCAGCCGCCGAUCACGCUCGAUUUCUCCGUGCCGAUGUUCACCGCGAGCGGGCUGCGGAUACGGUUCUUGAAAGUGUGGGAGCGGAUGGGGUACCAGAGCACGAAGUGGGUGCGGUAUCUGUGCAACAGCGGGCGGGACACGAAGAACGGGUCGUACGAGAUUCGAUGCCAGUGAGGCGGGCGGGCGGCUCGCGCGUUGGAAGGGUGAUGGUAACGGUAGAUACGCGUGCGUUUUAUUCGCGUGCGUUUGUUUAGAAACAAACGGCGAGAGAAGAAGACGGGCGGCGGCGGGGCGGGUUUGAUUGGAUUUUUAUAUCGCGAACGAGCUCAAAGAAGAAA